CGCUGCAGCCCGGAGCCCCAUGGUGCGCGGCGGCGGCCAGGCCGCAGGAGGAGCCCGAGGCCCCGGCCGCCCCGGCUGACCGCGCGGACCCGAGCGGCCCGGAGCCGCCGCCGCCCGUCCGGCCUCGCCGGGGCGCGGGCUGGCCCGCCAUGGGGUCCCUGUUCCGGAGCGAGACCAUGUGCCUGGCGCAGCUGUUCCUGCAGUCCGGCACUGCCUACGAGUGCCUCAGCGCCCUGGGCGAGAAGGGCCUGGUCCAGUUCCGAGACCUCAACCAGAAUGUAAGUUCCUUCCAAAGAAAAUUUGUUGGUGAGGUGAAGAGGUGUGAAGAACUAGAACGAAUAUUAGCAUAUUUGGUGCAGGAAAUUAAUAGAGCUGACAUUCCCCUUCCUGAGGGAGAGACCAGUCCUCCUGCACCACCUGUUAAACAAGUCCUAGAAAUGCAGGAGCAGCUGCAGAAGCUGGAGGUUGAGCUGAGAGAAGUCACCAAGAACAAGGAGAAGCUGAGGAAAAACUUGCUGGAACUGAUUGAGUACACUCACAUGCUCAGAGUGACAAAAACCUUCGUUAAACGAAACGUGGAGUUUGAACCCACUUAUGAAGAAUUCCCUCCCUUAGAGAAUGAUUCCUUGUUGGACUACAGCUGUAUGCAGAGGCUGGGAGCAAAACUGGGAUUUGUAUCUGGCUUAAUUAACCAAGGAAAAGUUGAAGCAUUUGAGAAAAUGCUGUGGAGGGUCUGCAAAGGGUACACCAUUGUGACCUAUGCAGAGCUGGAUGAGCCCCUCGAGGACCCUGAAACAGGAGAAGUCAUAAAAUGGUAUGUGUUUUUAAUAUCCUUUUGGGGAGAGCAGAUUGGCCACAAGGUAAAGAAGAUAUGUGAUUGUUACCACUGCCAUGUUUACCCCUACCCAAACACUGCUGAGGAGCGGAAGGAGAUUCAGGAGGGACUAAAUACCCGGAUUCAAGAUCUUUACACUGUGCUUCACAAAACCGAGGAUUAUUUAAGGCAAGUACUGUGUAAGGCCGCCGAAUCCGUCUACAGCCACGUCAUCCAGGUGAAGAAGAUGAAAGCCAUUUACCACAUGCUGAACAUGUGCAGCUUUGACGUGACCAACAAGUGCCUCAUCGCUGAAGUCUGGUGUCCCGAGGCCGACCUGCACGACCUGCGCCGGGCGCUCCAGGAGGGGUCGAGAGAGAGCGGUGCUACGAUCCCCUCCUUUAUGAACACAAUCCCAACAAAAGAAACACCCCCAACUCUAAUCCGCACCAACAAGUUCACCGAGGGGUUUCAGAACAUUGUGGAUGCCUACGGAGUUGGGAGCUACAGAGAAGUGAACCCAGCUCUCUUCACCAUCAUCACUUUCCCCUUUUUGUUCGCCGUGAUGUUUGGAGACUUCGGACAUGGCUUUGUGAUGUUCUUAUUUGCCCUCUUGCUGGUGUUAAAUGAAAACCAUCCCAGACUAAAUCAGUCACAAGAGAUCAUGCGCAUGUUUUUCAAUGGCCGAUACAUCCUCUUGCUGAUGGGACUGUUCUCCGUGUACACGGGCCUCAUCUACAACGACUGCUUUUCGAAGUCGGUCAACCUGUUCGGCUCCGGGUGGAACGUGUCCGCCAUGUACAGCUCCGGUCACGGCCCGGCGGAGCGCGGGAAAAUGGUGCUUUGGAAUGACACCAUCGUCAGGCACAGCAGGGUUUUGCAGUUGGACCCAAGCGUUCCUGGAGUGUUCCAAGGCCCUUAUCCUCUUGGCAUAGAUCCCAUUUGGAACUUGGCCACAAAUCGUCUCACUUUUCUAAACUCUUUCAAAAUGAAAAUGUCUGUGAUUUUAGGAAUUAUUCACAUGACUUUUGGAGUCAUUCUGGGAGUAUUUAACCACUUGCAUUUCCGGAAGAAGUUCAAUAUUUAUUUGGUUUCCAUCCCAGAACUUCUCUUCAUGCUGUGCAUCUUUGGAUACCUCAUAUUUAUGAUCAUCUAUAAGUGGCUGGUUUAUUCAGCAGAAACCUCCAGAGUUGCUCCCAGCAUUCUGAUUGAAUUUAUCAACAUGUUUUUAUUCCCAGCUAGUGGAACAAAUGGUCUUUACUCAGGGCAGGAGCACGUCCAGAGACUGCUGCUGGCCGUCACGGCGCUGUCCGUCCCUGUUCUCUUCCUGGGAAAACCACUCUUCUUGUUGUGGCUGCACAACGGGCGCAGUUGCUUCGGAGUGAGCAGGAGUGGUUACACACUUAUCAGGAAGGAUAGCGAGGAAGAAGUUUCUCUGCUGGGAAGCCAAGACAUAGAAGAAGGAAAUAACCAAAUGGAAGAUGGAUGUAGAGAAAUGACGUGUGAAGAGUUUAAUUUUGGAGAAAUAUUAAUGACCCAAGUGAUUCAUUCCAUCGAGUACUGUCUGGGAUGCAUCUCCAACACCGCUUCAUACCUAAGGCUCUGGGCUCUCAGUUUGGCUCACGCACAGUUAUCCGACGUCCUGUGGACCAUGCUGGUGCGUGUGGGCCUCCGAGUAGACACCACUUACGGAGUCUUGCUGCUGCUACCAGUUAUCGCUCUCUUUGCAGUUCUGACAAUUUUCAUCCUUUUGAUCAUGGAAGGCCUUUCUGCAUUUCUUCACGCCAUACGCCUCCACUGGGUAGAAUUUCAGAACAAGUUCUACGUUGGUGCAGGCACCAAAUUUGUUCCUUUCUCAUUCAGACUACUUUCGUCGAAAUUCAGUGACGACAUGGCAUGAUCGCGUUGCCGUAUCUAACAAGCUGUCAAAUUUAUGGAGAAUUAUCAUGUUACAGAAUUUCACUUACGUCAGAGUUACGAUAGGAAAAAUUCCGUCUUCAUUGAUUGCCUUAUGAUAUAGCCAAAUCAUUCUGUAAGAUAUACCUCUUCCUCAUGUUAAAUAUUUUGUAAAGUUUAUCAAUUUCAGAUAGAUAAAUUUCUUUCAGUUUUUACGAUGAGCAAAUAUAAGUUAAGGCCAAAAGUUAUGUUAAAGUUAUUUUUAAAAAUAUAGGCUUGGAGGAGAGAAGCGGUUUUGAAUGGCUAAGUGAAAAUGGUCUUAGAUACUCAAUUCCUUUUCACUUUAUUAGAAAAAAAAAGUUAUUCUGUCACUUGACAUUGUCAGAUAAUAUUUUCCAACAGCUGAAGUUUAGUUUUUUAAAAAAAUUUAAUGACGGAUAAUCAAAAGAUUCACAUUCUGCUUGAUUAAAAGUAUGUAAACAUUUUUUUAUUGUAUGCUAUCUAGAACUGCAAGUAGGGGAUUGUUUCUACAAUUUUGCCUUGUUUUAAUAAUUGGGGAAAAUGGGAUAAAAUAACGUACAACAGAUGGUUAUCACACUUGUAUAUUUUUAAAAAUAUUCUUACCCUGUUAUCCUUAUAUAAAACCGAUUAUGAUAAUUGUAAUGUUUGAAAGAUAAACUGUAUACUGAGCCUUAAAACCCAGUGUGACUGUAGAAGAUACAAUAUGGAUGUGAUUUGAACUUCGAGACCAGCUUGGCUGAUGUUACUGAUGUUACUGAACCAAAAGGGGUUUAUACUGAGUGAAGGGAAGAGAAAAAGUAGUGUUUUGUAUAUUUUUAUAACAAAAUAUAAAUUAAGAUAUUUUACCAUGAAGAGAUUGCACCUGUCCUUGAGAAUAGAUAAUUAUAAUUUUUUACUUUCAGACUAAUUCUAAAUAAAGGUCUGAUAAAGGUAUUUAGAGUUAAACUUUCAAACACUAUUCGGAUCAAUUGAAAAUUAAUUCUUAUAAUCUUUAGUUUAAAUCUAUUCACUUGACAUUUAGUUUUGAAUGAAUUUGGGUCAGUCCUACUGAACAUUUUAAUCGGUGCAGACAGCCCCUGACUUAACAGUCAUUUGAUUUAAUGAAUUUUGAAUUAAUGAUGGCAUCAAAGCGAUUAACACAUUCAGUAGAAACCGUACUUGGAAUUUUGAAUCUAGACCUUGUCGCGGGCUUACGCUCCGCGGUCCCAUCCUGUCCCGCCUGUGAUGCUGGGCAGCGGCCGCCGCUCCCCGUCAGCCACGCGAUCACGAGGGUCACAGACGCCACGUGCAUCGUCUGUCACCGUCAGUGCCUAGUCAGGUGAUUUUGUCCAGCGGGAGGCUCAUGUCAGUGCUCUGAGCACGUUGAAGGUGGGCCGGGCUGAGCUGUGGUGGCCGCUAGGUGAGGUGUGUUUUUCACCUGAUGCAUUUUCAACUUAGAUGAGACCCCAUCGUAAGUCGAGGAAGAUCUAUAUUCUUGUAAAUUAUGUUCAUUUUUCAUAUUUUACUGUAAUUGAUUUUAGGUAACUGUUUUCAAAAAGAAAUCUGCAGUGUUCUCACUUUCUUAACAUUUUGAGGAAUGCACAUGAAAAGGCCUGUUUGUCACCAUACACCUUCACCUGGCUAGUGGCAGAGUUUGGAAUUUUCAUUCCAAGCUGAGCUUGUGGUUGCCCCAAAUCUAAGCAUAUCUUCUCAAGUAAUGUCAAGACCUGUUUGCUGAGAGGCAGGAACUGAGCACGCUGACGUAAUUGUGACUCCACCAUUAAACCUUUCUAAGUGUAGUAAAUGCUCCAUGCCGCUUCUGGGAGCUGUUACCCAAAACCAGUUUGGAGUGGCUGGGUUUUGUUCCUCCUAUUACAGUAUCAAACCUAAAACGAUGCUGAUGAGACUCUGGGAAUUGAUUCUGUUCUCAGAGUUGUUUCCCUGGAAAGGUGUAUUGUUGGUUGGACACUUCUUUUGGGGGAAUACAAAAUCUCAGUAAUGCUGCCGAGGUUGCAGACUUGUCCCCCACCAGUUGGCAUCUUUAUUACUUUAUUCCAAGGAACUGUGGUAAGAAAAUGGUAACUAAUCCAUCCCUAGGAAACCCCCAAUUUCAGCGCACUAUUAACUGAUUAGUAAACAAGAGACAAUGUGGUGUCUGCUGGAAUUUUUUAGGGCCCCCUCUGGUAACUUGUUAUGGGCCAGUUGGUAAUUCUAAGUAACACCUCUUAUCAUGAUAUAGAACAGAGAGGGAAGAGUCAUUUUUUAAUUGAAACCUAUGUAAUAGUAUUAUAUUCUACAUAGUUAUAUAAAAGAAUGUAUUAAUAGUCUAACAUCUGUGAACUCUCUAGAAAUAGAGUUUGAUGGUGUCUUUUAGGCACCGGGGACAUUUUUUUUUUCCCCUAAAUCUAUAGGUUCCAAUGUCAUGUUACCAGAGCGGUUGCUGUGCUUUGUUUUUAAGUUGUUUGGUAGAACCAUUACACAUACAAUUUUCAAGACCGACUCCAUUCCCUUAAUAGCAAAUAUCCAGAGGAAAAAUGGUCAAUUGUCUGGAUGAUGCUAAAUAUCUGUUUAUUUUCCUAAAGAGGACAUGUCAUGAUAAAUGGCAUGACGGCCACAUUUUCCAGUUUUCAUUCAGGUGUUCAUUCUCUGUGUUGAUGGAGUCCUAAAAUAAAAAUCCAAGGGAUUUCUUCAGGAAACAGAAUUUGAUUUCAUCCUGCAAGGGUAAGGAAUGUCCUCAUGGUGACAUAAUUGUGAUCAGUUAAGGAGCUCAAAGGUUGUUCUGAUGAUCACGGUGAGCUUUCCAUUCAUCACAGAUUGGACUUUAAAGAGCCUCACCUUUCACUGAAUGCCACUGUGUCCUCAUUUCCUGAGUGGGUAUUUUAUAAAAACAUUCUGUUCUCAGUUUUCAGUCUGCAGUAGUUUAAUAAGCCAUAGAAUAUAGCUUAGGUAACUCAUGAUAUUUAUGAGUUAAAUAUUCAGAUAUUUUCGGACCUGAUUCAUUUUGGGAAACAAAAAACUUCUAUAACUGUUCUGCAGUCUGCAUUUAAAAACAGUAAAUUUCUUCAUUAAAAUUUUAAAGCCAAAUUUGCUUGCAUGCCAUCUCGUUCAUCUCCGGUAAGGUUAUUAAGAAAUCUUACUUCAGGAUGAUGAAAAUAAGGCAGUUCCAAGUAAUAGUUUUCUAACAGCCAGGUCAUUGAUGCUGAGCUUUGGUUUAGAAUUGUAAGAAAUACUUCGAACAUUCCACUUGUUCCUUGAUGGGAAAAUCCAACAGGAAGGCUAAGUUCUUAGAGUCAGCCUUGUCAUCUAGAGACUCAGCUCAGUGAGGGGGAAAUCACAGUCACUAAGUUAAAGCUCCACAAAUGCACGAAAGGACAAUUUUGCAUCUUCCUAUCAGUAUUGAACUUCCUUUUACUAAUGAAAAAUAAAUAUAUUUUUA